GUUAACCACUAAGAAAAAUCAAACGGUCCAAGUUUGAUGCUUUACUUUUUUUACACAACCCCUCCCCCUAUAAAAACCUUUCUCUUCCUCUGUAAAUCUCCCUCCAAGUUAGGGUUUUUACAGCCGCGCCGUGUUCCCCGCCUGAUCGUCAAGAUGCCGUCGCACAAGACUUUCAAAAUCAAGAAGAAGCUUGGGAAGAAGAUGAGGCAAAACAGGCCUAUCCCUGGCUGGAUCCGUCUCCGCACCGACAACAAAAUCAGGUACAACGCUAAGCGUAGGCAUUGGCGCCGUACCAAGCUAGGGUUCUAGGUCAUCCGAGUUUGCUGCUGUUAAUCUGAUUCGUUCGAGUUCUUCUAAUUUAUUUUCGUAAUUGUUGUUUUAAACCUAAAGUUUUAGUUUUUUUAUUUCGUCUUCUGAAUGGUUAAAGACUUGCGUUAUACAUGAAUAUGAGAAUCAAUAGUUAAACCC